AUGGACUACUUAAAGUCAACCUUAUCACGAGUAGUCUUACGAAAAGAUAUACCGCCUUUUCCAUAUAAUUUUGGAGAAAAGGUAGUAGAAUAUGAAAAUUUGUCUAUAUGGGAACUAUUUCGAGGAACAAAAAAGGAGGAUGGUUCCGCUGUGUCGAUUUUCACCUUUGAUUGUACAAAACAAAAUUAUUGGCUGCCGUUAGCUAGGAACGCGUUUAAAAAAAUGCGCACAAUACGACAUCCUGAUCUUCUGCGAUACGUCGAUGGAGUAGAAACCGAAUCUUAUAUUUAUAUUGUCACUGAUUAUGUGGCCCCAUUAAACUCACAAUCAAGCUCUUUAUCCGACGUCAAUUUGAAGCUAUGGGGAUUAUAUAAAGUUGCUAAUGCCCUCAAUUUUCUGAAUAAUGAUUGUUCGAUUGUUCACGGAAAUGUUCGUAUAUCGUCGAUAUUUACAAAUAAAGCGGGUGAAUGGAAAUUGGGUGGUUUUGAAUUGAUGAGUUCAUCGAAGGAAGAGGAUCCAGUUAUUUAUACGAGUGGUGGCUAUUUGCCAGAUUCCUCGAGAUAUUCUUCACCAGAAAUAACUAAAAGUUCGUGGAAUAUAUUAAGAGAUCACGCAAUUUGGGUAACCGAUGCGUGGAAUUAUGGAACACUUAUAUACGAAGUAUACAAUGGACCAUUCACGUCGGUUGAUCAACUUCAAAAUAUGGGUACAAUACCUCAGGCGAUUUAUAUAGAAUACAAAGACUUAAUUAAUCCGAAUCCUCAACUCCGUACCAAUAUUUCAAUGUUUGUUGAAAGCGGAUUACGUGUAGGCGGAAUUUUCCAAAAUGAUUUAGUGCAAGUGAAUUUGUUUCUAGAGAAUAUGAAUAUCAAAGAAGCUAGCGAAAAAAUCGCAUUUAUAAAAAAGUUAAACGAGUCGAUCGAUACCUUUCCGGAAAAUAUUUGUAAAUAUAAAAUAUUGCCGGAACUUUUGAACGCUUUGGAAUUUGGCGCAGGAGGAGCCAAGGUCAUAGGACCAAUCAUAAAGAUUGGCAAAACUCUAUCUCAGGAUGAAUACGACCAAUACAUCUCGACAGCCAUAAUAAAAAUGUUUGCCUUACCUGAUCGAACUAUGCGACUCAACUUGCUAGAGAAUCUACCGGCAUUUAUCGAAAGGUUCAACAUUAAAACAGUCACUGAUAAAAUAUUUCCGCACAUAGCCACAGGAUUUGCGGAUACGGCGCCGGUUAUCAGAGAAAUGACAGUGAAAUCUGUUUUAUUGCUUGCACCAAAGUUAUCGGAAAAAAUUAUCAAUAAUGAUUUACUUCGAUAUCUGGCGAAAUUGCAAAUUGAUGAAGAGCCCGGUAUUAGAACCAAUACGACAAUUUGUUUGGGUAAAAUUAGCAAGUAUUUGAGUGAAGGUACAAAGGGUAAAGUUCUAGUACCCGCUUUCACGAGAGCAUUACGUGAUCCUUUUCCACAUGCAAGGGUUGCAAGUUUAAUGGCAUUGGCUGCCACUGCUGAGUAUUAUGAUAAAGUGGAUUGUGCCACAAAAAUUUUGCCUUCUGUGUCGUUGAUAUUAAUAGACAUGGAAAAACCUGUUCGUGCACAAGCCUUCAAAACCUUUGACGUAUUUGUUAAACGAUUAGAAAAUUUAGUUGAUUCGAUGCCUGAGACUGCACCACCGCCUCCACCGUCAGGACUUCCAGGAGUUGCACAUGCGGCAGGCGGUGUGGCUGGAGUUGUCGCUUCCGCUGCAGAAACAUGGGGAGGUUGGGCAGUGACAUCUUUGAAAAAGCUCGUUGGAUCAGGGGAAACAAUGGGCAACAUAUCGGAACCACCACCAUCAUCACAGCCUCCUAGAACGUCCAAUUUUGGCGCCGGAUUAAUAUAUUUUGAAAAUGAUACGAAAAAGAAGGAAACUGACGAAUGGAAUGGAUUUCAAUCUUCUUUUCCACCAUUAUCUCCUACAACAUCAAGUGGGGGGAUGAAACUGGGGACUAUCGGAGGGGCUAAUUCAUUGAACUCAAUGAAACUUGGGUCAUCAAAUGAUAAUAAUAAUACAGGUCAAAACCUGUCGAAUAAUUUAUUCGAUUUUGAAAGUGACUUUUUCAAUGUUGUAAACAGCAAUGCUAAUAAUAAUGAUUGGGGAGGAUUCCACCAAUCACCUUCCGCAUCUUCUGUAUCAUUGUCACAACGUCCUAUUUCAGGAAUGUCAUCAAAUUUUGGGUCGUCGCAGUUGGCACCUACUGGUGCAACUUUGCCAAUGAAAUUAGAAUCAAGUAAUAAAGCUUCCGAUGGUUGGAAUUUCGACGAUUCGGGAUGGGGCGAUAAUUGGGGUGAUGGUAGUAGUCCUGCGAUCCAAAGACUACCACCACCACCUUCAAAUAAUCUGUCAAAAGAAGAGAAAGCCGCAGAGAUGAAUCGCAAAAGAGAAGAACGACGUCAGAGAAUGGGCGAAUUAAGGGAACAAAAGAAGAAAGGCGGUGGAUUGGGUGCACGAAAAAUUUAA